AUGAAAGAGAUUAGAGAUGGAGCACAGUCCAACCGUACUCCACUAGUUCUUGAUGUAGGUGAUUUCAAGGGGGAUUUUUCAUUUGAUGGUUUGUUUGGUGAUUUGGUAACUGAGGUAUUGCCUUCGUGUCUCGAAAAAGAAGUAGAUUCAUUAGAAGGUCAUGGCAACAUUGAUGGAAUAUCGAAUGGGCAUAUGAGGGCACCAUCAAUGUCAAAUGCAGGGAAGUUACUUUCAAGCCCACUGUUUCCUGAAGUUGAUGCCUUGUUAUCUCUGUUUAAGAAUUCUAGCUCACAAUUGGUGGAACAAAAAAGACAGGUUGAUGCAAAGUUAAGCAAUCUCACAAAAGAAGUUUCUGUUCAAGACCUGAAGCACCGUAAGACACUUGCUGAGCUGGAAAAAGGUGUUGAUGGUUUGUUUGGUAGCUUUGCACGUCUGGAUUCGCGUAUAUCAAGUGUCGGUCAUACUGCUGCCAAAAUAGGAGAUCACUUGCAGAGUGCAGAUACUCAGAGAGAAUCCGCUAGUCAGACGAUAGAGCUCAUAAAGUACUUGAUGGAGUUCAAUAGAAGUGCAGGAGACCUGACACAACUUUCUCCUUUAUUCAUUGAUGAUAACCGUGUUGCUGAAGCUGCUUCUAUUGCCCAGAAAUUAAGAUCAUUUGCUGAUGAAGAUAUUGGAAGACAAAAAACAACUGUCUCCUCUGCUGUUGGAAAUGCAACUUCAAAUAAAGGAUUGGAAGUUGCUAUCACAAACCUCCAGGAGUACUGCAAUGCCUUGGAAAACAGAUUAUUAGCUCGAUUUGAUACGGCUACACAGAAGCGUGAUUUGUCUACAAUGGGUGAAUAUGGUAAAAUUUUGUCACAGUUUAACAGGGGUACCAGUGCCAUGCAACACUACGUGGGAUUACGUCCCAUGUUUGAUGUUGAGGUGAUGAAUGCGGAUGCUAAAUUGGUCCUUGGUGAUGAGGGUGCCCAACCCAGCCCUAGCAAUGUUGCUCAUGGCCUUUCUUCAAUGUUUAAAGAAAUUGCAGACACGGUGCGAAAAGAAGCAGCCACUAUAGCAGCAGUUUUCCCUUCCCCUAAAGAUGUAAUGUCGAUAUUAGUUCAGCGUGUCUUGGAGGAUCGUGUUCCAAAACUUCUAGAGAAGCUGCUACUUAAACCAUCUCUUGUUAACCCACCUCCCAUGGCAGAAGGCGGACUUGUAUUAUAUCUCAGAUUGCUGGCGGUCGCAUAUGAGAAGACACAAGAGUUUGAUAAGGAGUUGCGUAGUGUCGGAUGUGGUGACUUGGAUGUUGAAUGUUUGACUGAAUCACUGUUUCUACCACACAAAGAUAUAUACAUAGAGUGCGAGCAAGCCUCUCUUAAACAACUUUACAAAGCUAAGAUGGAUGAACUGCGUAGUGAAUGUCAGCUAUCCAGCUCUGAGUCGUCUGGGACAAUUGGACGCUCAAAAGGUGCUUCAAUAGUACUUUCUAACCCGGAAAUUUCUGUCACUGUGGUAACAGAGUUUGUUCGCUGGAACGAAGAAGCAAUAUCCAGAUGCAGUUUGUUUUCUUUACAGCCUGCUGCACUUGCUGCUAGCAUUAAACCUGUUUUCACAUGCCUUCUGGACCAAGUCAGUCAAUACAUAAUAGGAGGUCUUGAAAGAUCCAGAGAAGGCCUUACUGAGGCUGCUGCCUUAAGGGAAAAACACUUGCUGGGAACUAGUGUUAGCCGAAGAGUUGCUGCAGCAGCUGCUUCUGCCGCAGAAAAUGCAGCUGCUGCUGGCGAAAGCAGUUUCAAAUCUUUCAUGGCAUCUGUGCAACGUUGUGGAAGCAGUGUGGCUAUUUUGCAGCAAUAUUUUGUGAACUCCAUAUCGCGGCGUUUACUUCCUGUGGACGGUGCUCAUGCUGCUUCCAGUGAAGAAAUGGCAACAGCUAUGUCACGUGCAGAGAGUGUUGCUUGUAAGGGGCUUCAACAGUGCAUUGAAACUGUCAUAGCAGAGGUAGAAAGGCUACUGUCAACUGAACAAAAGGCAACAGAUUAUCGAUCACCUGAUGAUGGCAUUAUCCCUGACCAUCGUCCAACAAGUGCUUGUGCAUGUGCUGUUGCAUACCUUUCCCGUGUGCUUGAAUCGGCAUUCACUGGACUGGAAGGACUUAACAAACAAGCCUUCCUGACUGAACUGGGGAGUCGCUUGCACAAGGGGUUGCUUAACCAUUGGCAAAAGUUCACUUUUAAUCCUAGUGGAGGCUUGCGUUUGAAGCGUGACAUAACAGAAUAUGGAGAGUUUGUUUGUAGUUUCAAUGCCCCUCCGGUUGAUGAGAAAUUUGAACAACUUGGAAUCAUAGCGAAUGUGUUUAUUGUUGCUCCUGAAAGUCUAGGCCCAUUGUUUGAGGGAACUCCAAGCAUUAAGAAAGAUGCUCAAAGGUUUAUUCAACUCCGUGAUGAUUACAAGAAUGCAAAACUUGCAUCAAAGCUCAGCUCCUUGUGGAGUUAGCUUAGUUGGAUCAGAAAUUACAUCCUGAAGAUAAGAAAUCUGUUUCUGCUGGUAGCCUAGAUAGAUAUGGCAAAGCUCUUCCAUCUCAUAUUGGAUCUUUUUAUUUUUGAGCUUGAAAAUAUGGGGAAGUUUAGUUAAUUUUAAGGUAGUUCAUCCUAAUUCUAAGUCUUCUUUUGGUUGAGCUUACGUUUGGUGAUUCUUCAGUCUCCCUUUGCUGGAUAUAUUUUUGAAACCUGCAAAAUUUAACUUGACUUUUGCUAGAUGUGCCUGUUGCUAUAUUGUUA